AUGGAGAUAUCCGACAACAAAUCGGAGCCGUUCAGACUGCUGGACCUACCAAAAGACAUUCGCCUCAUGAUAUACGAGCACUUACCGUACACCGAGAAUCGACACAACGUCCCGCUACAGGAUCGAAACCACCACAUAACCCUCGUCAACUGGUCAGUUUCUGGAAUACGGAUCUUGGGCACGUGCCGUCUAAUCAACGAGGAAGCAUCUUACAUCCUCAAGCCACGAAUGAAUCAAGUCCUGAGAUGGCCACCGAGGAUUUUCGUUGAGGCGAAGCAUCUCGUUGGUUUGAUAGCGCUGCGCGAUGGCUUCAAGUACCCAUAUGACAUCCUGGACAAGCUUUUCCAAGCCGCAGAUAUGGAUAUAUACGUGGAAGUUAUUCAACGUUACCGCCAAGGUCGAUAUAGUAAUGAAGCACUGAGGACGAAGUUGGGCAUGCGAAAUAUCGUCGACAAAGGCGAUCGCGAUACCAUGAGGGCAGUGGCGUCGUUCAUGCUCCGAGUAGCGAAAUGGGUAAGCACCAAGCCUUUCAAUCUGGGCCUGUCGCAUCCACCCCUGCUUGUAGUUAUCGAACUCCCUUCUACAUUCCGAUCCGGACCGAUCACAACGACUACCUCCCGAACAAAGGCCCUGUACUACCGAUUGGUCAAUGGAAUCCAUCGUCGAAGCCGGGUUCAGACUGGGACAGCGAGGCUUAACUGGCUCGUGCGACGGUUUUCCUUUGAUGCGGCACUAAAGGGCAAGUUCUGGAGCACGUUGUCUAUCAUGAUCCUGCUGCAAUAUACAAAAGAUGGAACCGGCAGUAUGAUUGAGGUGCCACGGGCCACAGAGGAUGGCAUCCGGGCAGCUACAAUUAUUGGAGUGCAGGACGCAGAUUUGGUGGGCUGCGGGUUCCUUGGCUAUGGGGGUGUGGCUUAUGAACGGUAAGUAGAGACGCGAGGAUGCCACCAUAUUGAGUCCAGACCAUCUGGUAGUGCUGGGUAGCGGAGAAGCUUGACUGUAUUCGAGCAGCAUUG